GCCACAUUUUGAUAUACAACCUUGUAGUUGGUAACAGUGUUGCUGUUUCACAGUUUGUACACAGUCAAAUCGUUGGUAUCUUGGUUCGUUGCUACGGUGUAACACGAGGACGCAUUUCUAUAAUUUAAAUUAUUUUUAUUGAGUUUUGUUUGGAGUGAAAAAUGGAAUCCGACGAUGAAAAGGAGAAUCCCCCAAUUAUAUUCCCUAGUAGAUCUGGGAAAAUAAUGAACAUGCUGAAACCUCUUAUUCCAUCAACCAAGAUUAAUGACAAUGACUGUUCUGGCACUAGUGAUCGAAUGAAGAUUAUUGCCAUCCAACCACUAGAAGGUGAUACAAUUACGGCACAGAUGAACAACUACACAGAAGUGGUUCAUGACAAUGGAUGCUCGAGCAGUACUGGGGGAACAGAGAUUAUUGCCUUCCCAGAGCCUGAAGGAGAUCAAUUGCAGAAAAUGGCCAACUGCACGGAAAUGGUUCAUGACAAUGGAUGCUUGAGCAGUACUGGGGAAAUAGAGAUUGUUGUCUUUCCAGAACCUGAAACAGAUCAAAUGCUCGAAAUUGCCAACUGCACAGAAAUGAAUGAAGAAGAUGCAACCCUCGAAGAGUUUCUAAACUUUCCUUGUAUGUCUAGUACACGAAUAAUCAACUUUGAAGACAAUGAGAAUUCUUCAUCAGAUGAGAAAGAUUGCAUCAAAGACAAGGAUUAUCUGCCAUCAAACUCUGAUGAUUCUGAAAAUGAAGUAUCAGAGAAUGAAUUACAUAAUAUUGGAGAAGAAAUCGCCACAAACAAUGAUACUACGUCAAUUCUUCCUGCUACUGCUAUUGAUAGACAAAUAAUGGAAGUGAAUGUGGAUGCAAGUGUAAGUGAAGCCAGCCAAACGGUCUCUGAUUUUUCUAAUACAACAAUAAUUGAUGGAAGUGAAACCAGCCCACUGCCAACUAGGAAACGGAAGAGGAAUGAAUUAAAAUGGAAGUCAGUCAUCAAGAAAAUUAAAGUUAACACUGGUCAGUCAUACAAAACAAAAUCGAACAAAUGUGUACCAGCAAGGGCUGUGAAAGGAACCUGUAGUGUGAAGUGUCGCAUAAAAUGUCCAAGCAAAAUUACAGCCGAUCAACAAAUAGAUAUCAACAAAGCGUAUUGGGAACAAGGUGACCGUGACCGCCAGCAUAACUUCAUCAUGAUGUACACUGAAAAAUUGGAACAAAAAUCAAAGCUACUUAAAUCGAUCAGAAAUCGUUCUAGCAACAUCGCUUAUUAUCUUUCAACUAAUAAGGUAAGAGUAUGUAAGGAUUUUUUUUUGAAAACACUUGAUAUUUCAGAGAAAGUAAUUCGCAAUUGCUACAAGAGAGUGGAUGAGGCUUCAGGUGUACUGAAAAAAUCAAAACAAGGCAAGCAUACAAAACAUUGCACAGAAGAAGAGCUAAAAGAAAUGGUGAGGAAGCACAUCAGUAGCUUUCCAAAAAUUGAAUCUCACUAUUUGAGAGAAAAAACGAAGAGAGAAUUUUUAGAUGGUAGCUUGAAUAUCAGAGAGAUGUAUCGUCUAUUCAUUGAAAGCCUGAAAGAAUCUGAAGCCAGCAAGAAAGUCUCGGAAUCAAUGUACCGGUAUAUUUUCAACAAUGAAUUUGAUCUUUCUUUCUUCAUGCCUAAAAAAGAUUUAUGUGCAUUCUGUGAGAAAUUUAAGAAUGCAGAUAGCGAAGACAAAAUAAAGUUGAAAGAGAAAUUUGAAGCACAUGAGAAAAAUAAAAUAUUAAGUAGGAAAGAAAAGGAAAAUGAUGUCAACAGUUCUGACAUUGAUACAAUUGUGUCAUGCUUUGAUUUACAGGCGGUACUCCCUGUCCCUUGUGGUGAGGUAUCCGUGUUUUAUUAUAAAAGAAAGCUCAAUUGCUACAACUUCACGAUUUUCAGCAUUAAAGAAAAACAGGGAUAUUGUAAUUUUUGGUCAGAGAAUAUAGCACGUAGGGGUGUCAACGAAAUAGCAACAUUCGUUUAUUCAUAUUUGAAAGACUACUGCCACAAAAAAAGAGUUAUCUUCUACUCAGACAACUGUGCUGGGCAGAACAAAAACAAAUCAAUGGUUGCUCUGUAUUGUUUUGCUGUAGCACAUUUAGAAAUUGAGGAGAUAACACACAAGUUCCUUAUCGUAGGGCAUACACAGAAUGAGGGUGACACGAUGCACUCGGUAAUAGAGAAUGAGAAAAAACGUAUAUUGAAAUCUGGACCCAUCUACGUUCCAGCUCAGUGGUGUGGGGUGAUCAAAUCAGCAAAAAAAUCGGGGAAACCGUUUAUUGUUAAUGAACCAGACACUACUGACAUUAAAGACUUCAAAGAUCUAUCGAAACAAUGUGGAAGUAACUGGGGAACAAACGAAGAGGGUGAGAAGGUUUGUUGGAAUGAGAUUAGAAUCAUUCAUGUUAAAAAAAGUGAACCUAACAAAUUUUUUUAUAAGACCGAAUUUGAUCAAGAAACUUACAAGGAGGUCAAUUUGAGAAGAAGGCAAAGAGGAAGACAAGCAUUGACACUUCGUCUGAAGAAUGCUUAUAAUGAAGCUCCGAAAAUAUCAACAGAAAAACAUAAAGAUCUGCUUGAUCUAUGCAAAAACAUUGCAAUAAUUCCGUCUGUUCACCACAAAUUUUUUGAACAGUGCUGUGCACCAGCUGAAAAUACAGACGAGUUAAUGAAUAAUGAAAAUGAUUAUGAUUAUUAGAUUAUAAAACUAAAUAAUAAAUGUCAUUCUAAAUAAACAGUCAUUAUUAUUAAUUCACCCCCAUUCUCAUGUUUUUAAUAUUAUAAUAUUCAUGACAAUCAUUCUAUUUUACACAGACGUUUUGUUUUUCUCAGUGAAUGAAGCUCACAAAUUAGUCUGAGACUUAUGCGUGAUUAGGAUGUAGAUUGAUAAGGUUCCAAGUAAUUUCAGAUCCACUGGAAAUUUAUUAUAGAGCAGAUAACAGGGUUAAAAAGCUGUUAGCCAAACGAAGCAAAAAUCUAUCACUUUUCAAUUUAUAGAUACACAAUUUUUCAAAUAAUAUCUAAAAUCCCAUAUUUAUUUCAUCAGUACUUAUUUCUGCUAUAGUUAUUCAAAAUGCUGGUUACAAACUAUUGUAGAUUCUUGAGUGCUUUUGGAAAAAAUUGUGUAUCUUUUCUCCAUCUAUCAGAAUAAAUAACUGUGUGAGGAUUGAUACCAAUUUUUUUUUUAAUAAUUAUUCGACCUUCUUUCUUUCUAAUUUACUUUGGAAAUAUGCUUAAACAUUGCUAGAUAUCUAUAUAAGAGUGUAAAAUAUCACAAUCGAUCUAGGAUGAUGAAAAGUAUUUUAUAAUAAGGAUAGAAACUUUCAAAUUGCUCUCCUGAAAAAAUUAGA